AUGGCCUCGCCCCUUCUCCGAGGCUACCAUGUGCUGCACUGCAGCAUGCUCAAAGCUGCCCCGUUCCGCGGUGCAGCGAGGUCGCGCCUACCGAAGAUGCGGGUUCAGCAGCUACGGCCUCAGCCUGGUCACCUCCGAGUUCAAGGCCCAAGAUGCUCUUUCAGCUUCGCAAGUCCAGCAGAGGUUCGGAAGGUCAUUGGCUUCGGUUCAAAGACUCUCAAGGCCGAAGAUGUCAAAGCUGCUGCCACGGAUGACCCGUGUUAUGAGGAGCUCGUCAGAAUCUGCGAUCUCCCAGGAGCUUCGCCAGUCAUGGGCGACGAGUGCACGGGACUCCUUGGCCAAGUCGGUCGCCGAUGCAUACAUCCGAGCUCCACAAAUGAAGCCAUGGUUUGA